UGGAAAUACAUCGCGAGCGCUGGCGAAUAUCGCGUAGUACCAGUGCGCAGUACCAGCUGGACAUUACAGGAGUGGAGGAACACUCUAUACUACUGCGCUGUCUUUGUCCGUACGCGAUGAACCUAGCCCCUCUGGUGUGGUCAGUGCUGUUGGGGCUACAGUGGGACUCGGCUUUGCGCGCGACCCUCCCAGCCUGCCCAGAUGUUCCUGAAGUAGGGAAUGCGACGUACGAAGACCUCGAAAGACAUGAUACGUCACCGUACAUGCGUGUGCGGUACACCUGCAACGGAGGUUACUACUUAGAAGGUUCACAUGAGAUUGGCUGCGUAGACGCUGAGCAGGGACGAGAGUGGCAUCCAGAGCCUCCAGCAUGCCAUGCUUUCAAAGAUUGUGAAGAUAUAUUGGACAUUCCUAAUGGUUAUGUGAGCGGACAUGAGUGCUGCAAGCCCGGCGACAAACUGAGUUUCGAUUGUGACGAUGAAGUCACACACCAGCUCAUUGGCGAAAGCGAACUAACUUGCUUGAGCAAUGGUUCCUGGGAUCAUUCUGCGCCACAAUGCUUAAGUCGUAACUGUAGGCCUAUUGAAAAGCCACCGCGCGGCGACGUAGACUAUUACAAGGAUGGUGACCUCUACUAUGGUGACUGCUGUGAGCAUGGCGUUGAAGCAGACUUCAUCUGCGAUGACGAGCAUGACCUCGUAGGGCAAGAGCGUCUAACUUGCUGGAACCGACAAUGGUCAGCUCCCAGGCCACGCUGCAAACCCAAGGAAGUCGAAGUGUGUGAAGACCUCGUCGUGCCAAACUCUGUCGUGACGGGAAACAAAUCGGGUGGAGAUUAUUUUGUUCCAAAUGACGCAGUGAAAGUGGAUUGCAAUCACGGUUAUCGAACUGACGGGACCGUUUACUUGGAAUGCAAAGAAGAUGGCACUUGGAGUGACCCCGUACCUUCCUGUGUUGAGUACAACUGCACUCGAAUGGACUUCGGCGCCCAUAUCAUCGUGGAAGAGUUUGUGAACAGCAACGUCACAGAAUUCCCCGUCGACAGCCGAAUCUACCUGAAGUGCGAAGAGGGUUACAUGCUCGAGGGUGCAUCCAGUUUGGUCUGCGCUGGAGGAGGAUGGUCUAGUGCUCCCAAGUGCCACAGAAUACACUGUGGCCGCCCAUCGGUACCAGAGUUCGGAUGGAUGAAGAUAAACACCUCGUUCAUCGAUGACGUUGCUUCAUUCGGCUGCCUACCAGGGUAUAAGCUGAUAGGUGACCAGAACCGCUUUUGCCUCGCCAACGGCGCAUGGAGUGGAUCUGUGACACGUUGUGUCUCGGAAGUGGGGCUAGCGGCUCAACGCGGCUGCGAGAGUCCGGGCAUUCCAGACAACGGCUUGAAGAUGGGUAGCUCUUACGGACCUGGAGCCAAAGUCUAUUUCUCCUGCAAUCCGGGUUAUAGACUUCGCGGGAACGAUACCAUCCUUUGCGACCACAGAGGGUUUUGGUCGCACCCCCGGCCCACUUGCAUAGGGAAGUUCUACUAUGACACGCCAUUGCAGGUGAAGGAAAAGCUGAUGAAGCCACUGACAGACAUAGGAAAUGUGUCUGAUACACCGGAUGAAAAUUACAGGACCAGGGCGCUGUCCCUGAAUGUAUCAGGCGUUCGCCAUGUGGUCUAUUUCGUUAUCGACGCGUCCUCCAGCAUAGGCGAAAGGGACUUCCUGAAAGGCGUCGCCUUGGCAAGAGCCAUAAUUAUGAAGAUCAAUGUUACACAGCGAGGCAAUCGCGUUGGCGUAAUAACGUUCGGCAACAGCGCCGCGCUCAUCGUCAAGCCCCUCUCACACACAUCAAUGGAUCUCGUCCUUGAACAACUUCGUAGCGUAAAUUACACGGGAGGAGCGACCGCCAUAGAGGCAGCGUUGGAAGCAGUCAAGAGAGAUUAUAACACUAUCUGGGCCAGAUUCAGAGCGGAUCCAAAGAAGCUGAAACUGAGCAUCUUCCUGAUAAGCGACGGAACGGCCAACUUGGGAGGAAGUCCGAAGCAAGUUAUGACUAUACUGGGCAAAGGAACCUACAAUGCAACAGUUUAUGGCAUAUGCGUAACCAGUAGCCCCAACCGAGAAGCUCUGACGGAGUUAGUGUCCAGACCUAUAGAGGACCAUCUGUUCAUCCUCCGGGACUAUGACAGCAUUUUAUGGCUAGCGGAGACGCUCACCAACGGCGUGGUGCGCGCGACCCUCCCAGCCUGCCCAGAUGUUCCUGAAGUAGGGAAUGCGACGUACGAAGACCUCGAAAGACAUGAUACGUCACCGUACAUGCGUGUGCGGUACACCUGCAACGAAGGUUACUACUUAGAAGGUUCACAUGAGAUUGGCUGCGUAGACGCUGAGCAGGGACGAGAGUGGCAUCCAGAGCCUCCAGCAUGCCAUGCUUUCAAAGAUUGUGAAGAGAUAUUGGACAUUCCUAAUCGUUAUGUGACCGGAGAUGAGUGCUGCAAGCCGGGCGACAAACUGAGUUUCGAUUGUGACGAUGAAGUCACACACCAGCUCGUCGGCGAAAGCGAACUAACUUGCUUGAACAAUGGUUCCUGGGAUCAUUCUGCGCCACAAUGCUUAAGUCGUAACUGUAGGCCUAUUGAAAAGCCACCGCGCGGCGACGUAGACUAUUACAAGGAUGGUGCCCUCUACUAUGAUGACUGCUGUGAGCAUGGCGUUGAAGCACACUUCAUCUGCGAUGACGAGCAUGACCUCGUAGGGCAAGAGCGUCUAACUUGCUGGAACCGACAAUGGUCAGCUCCCAGGCCACGCUGCAAACCCAAGGAAGUCGAAGUGUGUGAAGACCUCGUCGUGCCAAACUCUGUCGUGACGGGAAACAAAUCGGGUGGAGAUUAUUUUGUUCCAAAUGACGCAGUGAAAGUGGAUUGCAAUCACGGUUAUCGAACUGACGGGACCGUUUACUUGGAAUGCAAAGAAGAUGGCACUUGGAGUGACCCCGUACCUUCCUGUGUUGAGUACAACUGCACUCGAAUGGACUUCGGUGCCCAUAUCAUCGUGGAAGAGUUUGUGAACAGCAACGUCACAGAAUUCCCCGUCGACAGCCGAAUCUACCUGAAGUGCGAAGAGGGCUACAUGCUGGAGGGUGCAUCCAGUUUGGUCUGCGCUGGAGGAGGAUGGUCUAGUGCUCCCAAGUGCCACAGAAUACACUGUGGCCGCCCAUCGGUACCAGAGUUCGGAUGGAUGAAGAUAAACACCUCGUUCAUCGAUGACGUUGCUUCAUUCGGCUGCCUACCAGGGUAUAAGCUGAUAGGUGACGAGAACCGCUUUUGCCUCGCCAACGGCGCAUGGACUGGAUCUGUGACACGUUGUGUCUCGGAAGUGGGGCUAGGGGCUGAACGCGGCUGCGAGAGUCCGGGCAUUCCAGACAACGGCUUGAAGAUGGGUAGCUCUUACGGACCUGGAGCCGAAGUCUAUUUCUCCUGCAAUCCGGGUUAUAGACUUCGCGGGAACGAUACCAUCCUUUGCGACCACAGAGGGUUUUGGUCGCACCCCCGGCCCACUUGCAUAGGGAAGUUCUACUAUGACACGCCAUUGGAGGUGAAAGAAAAGCUGAUGAAGCCACUGACAGACAUAGGAAAUGUGUCUGAUACACCGGAUGAAAAUUACAGGACCAGGGCGCUGUCCCUGAAUGUAUCAGGCGUUCGCCAUGUGGUCUAUUUCGUUAUCGACGCGUCCUCCAGCAUAGGCGAAAGGGACUUCCUGAAAGGCGUCACCUUGGCAAGAGCCAUAAUUAUGAAGAUCAAUGUUACAGAGCGGGGCAAUCGCGUUGGCGUAAUAACGUUCAGCAACAACGCCGCGCUCAUCGUCAAGCCCCUCUCACACACAUCCAUGGAUCUCGUCCUUGAACAACUUCGCAGCAUAAAUUACACGGGAGGAGCGACCGCCUUAGAGGAAGCGUUGGAAACAGUCGAGAGAGAUUAUUUCACUAUCUGGGCCAGAUUGAGAGCGUAUGGACAGAAGUUGAGACUGAGCAUCUUCCUGAUAAGCGACGGAACGGCCAACUUGGGAGGAAGUCCCAAGCAAGUUAUGACUAUACUGGGCAAAGGAAUCUACAGUGCAACAGUUUAUGGCAUAGGCGUAACCAGUAGCUCCAACCGAGAAGCUCUGACGGAGUUAGUGUCCAGACCUAUAGAGGACCAUCUGUUCAUCCUCCGGGACUAUGACAGCAUUUUACGGCUAGCGGAGACGCUCACCAACGGCACUAUUGAUUAUUCCGUGUGUGGCAGUACCCACAGGCACAGCGCUGAUACCGGUAAGGAAGAUGUGACCGAAGCAAGAAUUGCAGGUGGUGAAGAUGUCCAGAAUGCUUGGUCCUGGAUGGUGGAAGUCAAGAAGGUCAAUCCAGCUACAAAUGCAGUGAUUGGUUUGUGCGGCGGCUCCAUCAUUUCAAGAACAUGGAUCUUAACCGCUGCGCACUGCGUUUGCAAAGUAAACACUAACAUCACCGUGAGAGCAGAAGAAAUCCAGAUACGACUAGGACUGACCGACACAAAAAACGCAUCGUUGGCAAAAAAUGCUACAGUAAAAAGAAUAGUACGACACGAAAAUUACAACGGAACUACAUUCGAGAACGACAUCGCUCUUCUCGAACUGCAGAGCAACAUGACUUACAAUGCGUAUAUUCGACCCAUUUGUCUCCCUCCUGAGAAACUUCGGAACAACAGUGAUUUCUACCGUGCGAAGAAGCAUGCAUUUGUUAUUGGCUGGGGAGAAAAGGGGAAAUUGGACACUGUGGAAAAAUUACGGCAAGUCAAGGUGACCAUCCACGACGACGCGAAUUGUACCCGUGCACGUAACAAGAAUCCGUUUACGGACAACAUGAUAUGCGCUGGUGGCUACGGGGAAGGUGACUCCUGCAAAGGUGGCAGUGGUGGACCACUGAUGCAAGCUGUUGUCAGAGACGAAUAUAUCUGGACCCAAGUGGGCAUUGUGAGCUGGGGUCACGGUGAGAGAUGUGACAAAAGAGGCAAACCCGUCGUCUACACCAAAGUGUCGAAAUACAGGCGGUGGAUACAUCAAUACGUGCCAGACGCACAAGAACGUUCACAACUGCCGCUUACAAAAGGUGUAUACCCGUGAACGGUGCGACCGGCGCUGUUUGCACCCGUCCCGUACUAUGUUAUUCUUACUUCAUGAAUGUAACGCUUGCGCAGGACAGGCAGGAAAGAACAAAAGAAAAGAAAAGAAGUCUUUCUUUUAAGACUUUCUGCAUUCUUCAUAGGGCAUUUUCCACGUGCCGAAUUGGACACGCCAAACACACAGAUCACAUGAAUGGGUAUUUGCCUCAAUGUGGGUAUUGCAUAAGUGCUCUGCAUUCCAACUUCCAUGCGCGGCUCUCAGAUCAACUCUUAAUUGCUUGUAGAUCUCGGAGGGGGGUUAGAAAAUUUCCUAGUUAAAUAUUGGGUAAGUAACUGUACUCUGCUUUCAAGCCGAAAAUUGAGAAAAAAACAAAAGGGAAAUGGCUGCAUGCAUCAUCCAUUGGCACAGGGUUCGUAGCAUUUUCUUCGUCGCACCCAUUAAGGCUGUGAGGUUGUGCCUCUGCUUCAUUAAAGGGACCUUUGAUAUGGUACGUCACAAAUAAACAGAGUCAAUGAUUGUACUUUAACCCUGCAUAUAACCCUGCAUAUAACGAAUGAACCACAAUAAAAUAAAUAAAUAAAAAUGA